AUGGGCACGAACGAUCAGAAUAAUGACGACAUCUCGUCUCCGCACCACGAUGAAAAAAGGGGGAUAGUCCCUCAAACUGAAUCUAUUCACAGGGGAACAGCCCACGAGGUAGCAGAGAGGGGGCAUACUGCUACUGACCUUUAUGGGCGUCCGCUUGUCCAAUUUGACCCAGCUGCUGAAGCCAGACUUCUCUGGAAGAUCGAUUUGUUUAUCGUCCCCACUGUUUCUCUUCUCUACCUUUUCUGCUUCAUUGACCGCGCAAACAUUGGAAAUGCGAGGCUCGCUGGCCUGGAGAGGGAUCUCAAACUGAAAAACUAUGACUACAACACCGUUCUCUCAGUUUUCUACGUCUCCUACAUCAUUUUCGAAAUCCCUUCCAACAUGGCCUGCAAAUGGAUUGGCCCCGGAUGGUUCAUCCCGGCUCUGUCGCUUUCGUUUGGGCUCGUCUCCGUAGCCACCGCAUUUGUGCACAAUAUCCACCAAGUCUGCGGUGUCCGUUUUGUCCUUGGGAUUUUCGAGGCCGGGAUGAUGCCGGGUAUCGCAUAUUAUCUGUCCAGAUGGUACCGAAAGGGAGAACUGGCAUUUCGUCUAUCUCUAUAUAUUGUCAUGGCUCCCCUUGCGGGGGCCUUUGGUGGUCUUCUUGCGUCCGCUAUUCUGAAAUUGCCCAACUUUGGUGGCCUUCAUGAGUGGAGGAUGAUAUUUGCAAUCGAGGGUAUUAUCACAUGUGGACUAUCCGUGAUUAGCUUCUUUACCCUGACCGACCGGCCGGCUACCGCUAUUUGGCUUACCCAGGAGGAGAAGGACCUUGCCACAGCUCGCGUCAAAUCAGAACGCAUCGGUGCUACUGAAGUAUUAGACCAACUUGACGUUCCCAAGACGCUCCGUGGGAUCUUCGGUCCUGUCACCCUGGUCACUUCUUUCAUAUUCCUCCUAAAUAACAUUACCGUUCAAGGACUUGCAUUCUUCGCACCCACAAUCGUCAGAACAAUCUACCCCAAAAACAGCGUCAUUUCCCAGCAACUUCACACAGUGCCCCCGUACGUCAUUGGUGGCUUUUUUACCGUUCUUUUCCCCUUUCUCAGCUGGAAAUAUAACCGACGCUUGAUAUUCUUCAUCAUCAGCGCUCCAUUGAUGAUGGUUGGCUACAUAAUGUUCCUCGCCAGUAACGACCCGAACGUUAGAUACGGUGCAACAUUCAUCAUAGCCAGCGGAGCCUUUUCAUUCGGUGCCCUUUGCAAUGCUCAUGUUGCCGCGAACGUGGUUUCCGACACGGCUAAAUCCUCCGCAAUUGGCACAAAUGUUAUGUUUGGGAAUAUCGGCGGCUUGAUAUCGACCUGGUCAUUCUUACCAUUCGACUCCCCAAUCUAUCAUAUUGGCAACGGACUCAAUCUCGCUACAUCGUCAACGAUGCUGCUUUGGUCCAUUGCUUUGUUGAUUUGGAUGGGGGUGGAUAAUAAGAAGAGGGAUAAGGUAAAUGUGGAAGAAAAACUUGGUGGGCUUAGUCAAAGACAAAUUCAGGACCUUGACUGGCGGCAUCCUGGUUUUAGGUGGAAGUCUUAG